UUAAUCAUGGCCUCGAACCAAAAGAUUUUUAAUAUAAAACUGUCACGAAUCUUUCAAAUUAAUAGUCCAAACGAAACAAAGAUGAAGAGCACUUGGUUUUUCCUACUUUUGGCUUGUUCCCUAACUUGUGCUUUGGAUCAGGAGUUUGUUGACGAGUUUUUGGAAAAAAUGCAAGAGUUUGGUGCCCAAUGUGCUGAAGAAACCGACGCUACUUCAGACGAUAUUGCUGAACUGAUUGCUCGCAAACUCCCGCCCAGCACACACGAGGGCAAAUGCAUGAUUUUCUGCAUGCAGAAAAAAUUCAAUAUGAUGAAAGAAAACGGUGGUAUUGAUCGAGCUGGGGCGAUAGCUGCCUUAAAACCGCUCCAGAAAGCCGAUCCAGAGUUGCAUCAGAAAGUUUUGAAAAUUUUUGUAACGUGUGGAAUGAGAGUCAAACCAUCACCCGAUCCUUGCGAUACUGCAACUGAACUGGCUUUGUGCGGGAAAAAGGAAGCCGAAGCUAUUGGGCUGGAAGACGCUCUCCUGACUUAAAUCCAAUGUUAUGUAUUUAUGUCCAACCGUGUUGUAGAAAUAAAGCAUAAGAAAACUAA